CCGAACCUGCGCUUUUGAUUGUGCCUCAGUACAAAGCAAACAGGUCUACGCGUAACAUAGCGCUUCAAAAAUGCUUGUUUAUGACAACCGUCUAAUUCAGUUGAUAUCCUCCAUCGAAAACGACGAUGUGCAAUCGGCAACGCGUAUAUUCACCGAAAAGUUUGAUGUACGAUUUCUGCAACCUAUUGGAAUUCUUCGAGUGACCGCGGUUCAGCUAGCUGCCUGGCGAGGCAGAAUAGAGUUGCUAGACCUGUUCUACAAAAAUGGCGCUGAUAUUAAUGCCGUGGACAAAAUCGGGAGAUCUCCGUUGUUUCAUGCGGCGCAUCGCGGGGACAGUGAGGUGGUGACUUGGCUUUUGGAACAUGGAGCCAACACGGAUGUCAGAGUUGGCAUUGAUACGUGCUUCAAAAUCUUGCCUUCGUCGAACGUUAGCCAGUACUUCGAUAUCGGUCGAGACUUGCCGACGCCAGAAUGUUGGGGAAGGACAGCGCUACACCAGGCGGUGAAGAACAAUCACUCGGAAGUGGUCAGGAUUUUGGUGAAGGCCGGGUCCAACACGAACGCGCAAGACGAGCGUGGAAUUACACCUCUGCUUCUGGCAGGGUCUACGGUAACCCAAGAAGAUUCUAAUGAGAUGUCGAAAUUCGUUCGUAUAGUCGAGUGUCUUGUGGACGGAAAAGCUUCGACGAACGCGGUGCACCCUGACACAGGUACAACAGCGUUACAUUACGCAGCAUCAUUAGGAAGUCCCUCAGCAACAAAAAUAUUAUUAGACGCCGGUGCAUGGCCUCUUUAUCGGUGCAAGAGCACAGGAAGUACCCCUCUGCACCUCGCCGCCAGUAUGGGUAGCUUGGAAACUCUUUCUCUUCUCUUGGAAAACACACCUCCCGAUCAAGUCGACGUUCGAGAUAACAUCAAUCGAACGCCGCUUCACAGAGCCGCUUACCAAGGCCACGACGAAUGCGUGCGGACGUUGAUCGAACAUGGUGGUAAUCUCGCUGCGGAAACGAGAACCGGGGUCACCGUUAUCGACGCCAUAUUCGCUAACACUUCGAGGCCAGUGGCGUUUCUGAACGACAUUUUGGACUCGCGAGUGUGCAUGAACGGUCAUACCAUUGAUAGGAACUCGCAUAUCAUCGUUGACUUCAACAUACUGGCGCCAAAAGGGGAGCUGCAAAUGGGAGUUGUUACGUCCCUCAUUGCAGCGGCUUCAGACGAGAAACAAUUGACGAUACUGCAACAUCCGUUGGUGGAAACGUUUCUCUGGUUAAAGUGGUCCAAGCUGAGAGUGUUCUUCUUUAGUCUCGUUUUCAUCCACGCCCUACUGGUCCUUUCCCUCUCUGGUUAUUCCAUAGCGAUGCUGCAGCAUGAGACUGAUUGCACGCUGUUACGAAGGAUUCUAGCGUCGUGCUCGUGUGUGCUUCUCUUCCACAACAUGGCGCAGGUGUUAAUGGUGCCAAGAUAUUACUUAAGGCAGUUCGAGACAUGGCUCUCGUUUGCAUGCGCAACGCUAUCGUUGAUGAUUUCCACAGACAGUGGCCACACGGAUAUCACGAGGCAGCCAAGGGGAAAAGAAUUAAACCCCACGGAACAUCGUCCGCAGUGGGUGUUGCAUUCCAUCAGCUUGGCAAUCUUGCUUUCUUGGAUGCAAAUGAUGCUGCUAGUUGGCCGUCUCCCAACGUGCGGAUAUUACGCGCUCAUGUUCUCCACGGUGCUAAAGAACAUCCUUAAGGUUCUCCUAGCGUUCGUCUGCCUGAUUGUCGGAUUCGCGUUCAGCUUCGCCGUUUUGUUCCACGGGAACGACCAGUUUCGCAAUUCCUGGAGGGCCGUCGUGAAGACCGUGGUAAUGAUGAUGGGUGAGUACGAGUACGGGGCGCUGUUCUCGGACGAGAAGAAUGGGAGUUCCUUCCUACCAGCCACGAGCAGGGUCGUGUUCCUUGCUUUCGUCAUGCUUGCUAGUAUCGUCCUGAUGAACCUGAUGAUCGGCCUCGCGGUCAAUGACAUCCAAGGCCUCGAGAAGAUGGGUCACAUUCGUCAGUUGCUGAAGCAGUCGGAGUUCGUGGGUCAUUUAGAAAGGCUGACAUCACACCGAAUCUUUCGCAGCAAUUGGCUACAUCCUCGGUUAAGUUCGCUGCUGAACUCGAGGCGUUGUAUUCCCACAAAAAUUACGUUCGGUUAUCACGAACGUUAUUUUCGUGAAUCAUCCUCGGGCAUCCCGGCGAGGCUGCGGGAAGCGUUGUUUCUGUUGGCUUCGAACUCGCGCGAUAGCGCGGUAACGAGUGGCAAGCUCAGGGACAACAACAAUACGGAAUUAACGUCGUUGUUGGAGGAAGUGUUGCUGCAAUUAAGGACAUCUUGUUAUCGUGGCACAACGGGACGGAAGUUUUCGAAAUGCUUUAAUACUAAAUGAACCGAUGGAAAACAGGAACUUUGGAAGUAUUACAUGCUGCUAGAUUUUCUGUGUAGUAUUAACUUAUUGUAGGAUGUGAUCUUUUAGAGCUGUUUGUAAUUAAU